CGGUGAAUAAACUUUCGAAUGCAGAAGUUCCUCAGCAUCAUUAAGCACGAUAUGCUUGCAUUAGGUGCAGUCUGGAAAGAAGUGGGUCCUCGCCGCUCAAACUCCACGUGAUCUUUGACACGGUGUUCAUUUCCGAAACCUCCGCGUCGAGUUCCCCUGAGCCCGCAAAUGAACAAGGUCUUCAAUCUUAAUGCUUGAACGUCAAGAGCCAUUCGAAAAGAAAGAAAAAUUGCUCGUUCGCGCAGGAAUGGACUCAAAAUCCUCAUCCAACGCCGUCUUGCGGCCAGUGGGACUUAUGGAGCAAUUUUCCACCGUCAGACAUGAUCUUGGGCUCUACCGAUGUGUUCAGAAUAUUGCAAAAUAUUCGACAGAUCACAGUCCGGAUGAUAUGAUCAUCGCGCUCGAAACUGCCCUCGCCAAGGUCAUUUUGCGGCACCCUCCUCUGUGCUGUGGCAUCAUCAAUGAGGACAAGGAUGACCCCGCUUUCGUCCGACUCGAAUCCAUCGACAUGUCAAAGUGCCUCGAUUAUAGGAUUCUAGACUCGUCGACCCCAGAAGAGCAUGAGCAAAGCUUGAUAGAGAUCGUCCAGCAUCAACAUCGCCUACUAUGGCCGGAUAUGCAUUGUCGCCCAGUUUGGAAACUGAUUGUCGUCCAACGCAAAGCACAGCCUUCAGAAAGAACUGAUUUUGAUGCAAUAUUUGCUUGGCAUCACGGCAUUGCUGAUGGUGUGAGCGGAAUGGUAUUUCAUCGAUCGAUGCAGGAAGCAUUAAACGACUCGGCCACUGUUGCAAUUGUCGACCAUACGAUCAAGAUACCGGACUCCAUCAGUUUAUUUCCACCUCAGGAGGAUAUGAUUAAGUUCAAAAUAUCAUGGUGGUUCUUUUUGGCAGCUGUAUGGCGUUUUUUGAGACCCAAAUGGCUCUUGCCCGAUUCUUCUCCGCCAUGGACUGGCCCACACGUUCCGCCCAGCGCCGAAAAUUUCGAUCCACGCGUUCAAUUGAUCUCAGUGUCCUCGGAGGAUGUCACCAGUAUUCUGUCUGCAUGUAGAGAACAGAAGACUACCCUCACCGGCCUUUUUGAAGCUCUUGUUGUUUUGUCCCUGGCAUUUCGCGUCCCAAACGCUACCAGUUUUAUAUCAAAUACUUCCAUCUCGCCCCGAUCUCUCAGCGGUAUAUCUUCAACCGGCGAUAUCGCAGUUCAGGUCUGUUCACAUUCAUCGGCAUACAAUUCAGAUGUUGUCUCAGCAAUUCGAGCCGCCCGAAAUCCCGCUCAAGUCACGGACCAGGUCUGGAGGAUUGCGAGGGAUUUCCGUACAUCACUAGCAACUGCAAUGGCACGCAUGCCAAAAGAUAACGCGGCGGGGCUAUUGCCUUACGCUGGCAAUAUUCACGAUUUUUUUCGUUCCAAACUGGGAAAGCCUCGAGAGGAAACAUUUCAGAUUUCGAAUGUGGGGACAUUUAAGAACCGGGUUGGCGAAGGGCAGUGGAGGAUUGAGCGAAUAUUCUUCACGCAAUGUGGUGUGGUUGGCUCGGCAUUCUCGCUCAAUGCUGCGAGCGUUGUGGGUGGGCCACUUUCAAUCACUUUCACGCGGCAAGGCGAUAUUGACAACGAAUUCAUGGGAAAUCUCAUUGCAGAUGUCCAAUAUGGUCUGAAGUGUAUUGCAGACGGGAGGGAACUCUCUCUGGAUCACUCGGGCUAAGAGCGGGCCAAGUGGCUGCCAUAUCCUUUCGAUGGAGCG